GGCGUCGGCCGGACCCUCGGAGACAGGUUUGGGUCGGCUAUAGAAAGCCUGGAGGGCAGAUCUGAAAUGCCCCUCAACCUCUUUUAAUUUUCUCUCCAGCUCCUCAGAAUAGUGGCAAAAAGGGGCUUCUCUGAGGCGUUUAAUGAGGGGUGCAAAAGUCCUUAUUUUGUCCUCCAAAUCCUUGUGAACAGCAUCUGCUGCGCCACUAGGAGGAGCUGUGGGCGGAGUCGGACAGGGAAGUGGAGGACCCCGGUCUGCUGAACAGGAAACUUCGGAAAAGGAUGACGGGGCAACCGCCAAGGGCUGAGCAGCAACGACAGUUCGCGGCUGACCAGGCUCAGCUGAUGGCUGCUUAGAGCGGCUGGCGGAGUGCUCAACAAGCCGCCGUCUUUUCCUCCGGCGGCGGGAUGAUGGGCUUGGCGGAGAUACUGAUUCCUCCUGACGGGAGGGGACCGCCGGCGCCAGCGGCGAUUCAUGCGCCUCAUUGCCAGGAGAAGGAAAUGGGACCGACUCCAGAAAAAGGUCCGGACGGAGCUCCUGGAUCACCUCCGCGUCAACCUCCAGAAAAAAGUCCGGAUCCGGCUUGAACGGCGGUGAGUGGCUGCGAGAGGUGAAUGGAGCGCAGGUCUAGACUAGCAUAGCUCCUCCGGUACGGAGAGGACGUGUUGGCUUUGGAUUCAUGUGGCCGGUAUAUACUGUAAUGAUUUGCUGUGGUGAAUCCAAAGUUAAGCCAAACACGGAGCUGAUGCUAAAAAAAAGGGUAUUUAUUGACACAGAUGACGGAUCCUCCAGGGACAAAAAGGCAAAGGCUGGGACAGACUCAAAAGACAGGACAGGUCAUUCAGGGCAACAGACAGAUAACAAAAAACAGAGGCUGCAAAGCUCUUACCACGAGGUAGCGGACAGGGACGAGAUGAGAUAUACCGGCAACUAAGCAAAAACGAAGGCGGGCUUAAAUAGGCAACAGAACAGGAGAGCAGGGCGGGGCUAAUUAACAAAAACAGGUGGAGGUGAUAAAGGGAGCAUAAGAUAGAUAAACAAAAACCUAAGGUAAGGAACGAGACUAAACGGACACGGGGUGAAAUAAAAACUAACAAUAAAGGCCAGAUAACAAAAACAGGCUAAGCAUAAAUCUAAAACAAGAAACAGAACCACAACAGAACAUUACAGUUUCAGCAUCGGCAAACACUGGUUCAAGAUCAAAAGUGUUAUUCAACGGUCUUUGAUGUCUUUCCACGAUUCCUUGAUGUCACUGGAUUGAUUGACCAAGAUUUCACCAUGAUGUUUGGAGAAGAGGUGUCGGGCAGAUUUUUGGCAAAAUGGCCUACUUUCUUCAAACCUAGGAUUCUGGCAGAGUGCAGAAAACUGACUUCUAAUGAGCACAUUGGAUAUCUCUUGUCUGUGCAGCAGGACACUGGCUGGGACAGUGACCUGUCAAGCAUCCUGCUGUUGGUUCACCUGCUUCCUCCUACCUCCAAAGGCCACAAGAAGAGUGCCAAAAUCAGCUCAUGUCAAGCCAUUGAUCAUCUUGUGAGAUAUUUACAGAUGGGGGCCAAUGUUGAAACCUUCCUUGCUGGUGUGGAACCGGGACAGCCCUUCCUCCUGUGUAUUGGUGAAAACAAGAGCAGCAUCCAAAGAUUCUACAUCAUCAUUGAUCUCAAGGCCAUCCCUUGCAAGGCACAGACAUCCUUGGCAGCUUUUGAUGAGCUCUUCAAGGCACACUUUAUCUUCAGUGUCAACUACCACGAAUCCCUCUACAACUUCUAUACAUUCAUCCAAACCACAGUUUUCAACAUUGAUGUGGGAAGUGCCAAGGAAAGUCCCAGAGUCAGGGAGCUAAGAGCCAGAUUUUUGCACGACGCUUGAGGUGAUAAAUAUCCUAGGAUGCAAACAUGUUUCUUUGUUAUCUCUGCAACACACACCACAAAAGUUCUGCAUUGCUUUGUCAGCAUUUAAGAUUCCACCAUGGUCUAUACCCCGGAAAGACUUUACGUUUAAAAUGUGGACAGUUGGGAUGUUGUUUAUCGUUUUGCACUUAUUCAGGUUUUAAAAAGCAUCUUGUUCAUUUCCAUAGAGAUGAUGCUUUAACUAAUAUUUCUGACAAUGUGGACACUCAGAAUGACGUUGCUGAGCCCUCAACUUCUCAUGCAGUCAGUAUAGACCCUCCAGUAACUACUCAGCCCACUGCUGACAGUAAUCAUACAUUAAACAUGUGUGCCUCUGUUGUUGCACAAUUGCAAGCAUCUGGUGUUGCAGAGAGCACAGUCCAAGCGAUGGUGGGGUCCAUGGAGGAACUUGUGAAUGACAUUCAUAGGGAAGUAAGAGAGGCAGUUCUUGGUUGUACUUCAGAAAUUCAAUGCACAGACUUGGGAAAGAAACUGGAAACAUGUUUGGAUCAACUAAAAAAAUCCCUUUUCAACCUUGAACACUAGAGUCAAACGACAGAAGUUCUUUGAGGAAAAAUGGGAAAUUGUUGAACCUGUCGAGUUUGUUCUCGGGGUACGGUUUGAUGUUCGCAGAGAUCAAACUACAGGACUGUACAGUCAGGUCCCUGUGACAAAUAAAUUUGUUUACACACCCAUACUAGGAACUCUUAAGUCUAUGUUUAAGAAUGCUGAAUUUUGUGAAAGUUUUUUGAAAGCCAAACUUCAAGAAGAAGGCAUUUAUAAAGACAUAUGUGAUGGUUCAUACGUCAAAAGUAACAUUUUGUUUUCCCAGAAAAAAUAUGCUCUGCAAGUUCAACUCUAUUUUGAUGAGUUUGAGACAGCCAACCCCUUAGGUUCAAAAAAAGGGAUUCACAAACUUGGUUGUAUUUACUUUAUUUUGAGAAACCUUCCCCCAAAAUAUAAUUCUGUGUUGAUGAAUAUACAUGUUGUGGCUCUUUUUCACUCACAAGAUCUGAAGACCUAUGGAUUUGAUGCCAUUCUAAAGCCUCUUGUUGAUGACCUCAUUAUUCUUGAAACUCAAGGCAUUGAGGUUCCUUUUGCAGACUCACCAUUGCUUGGUUCUGUUGUACAAGUAAAAGGUGACAACCUAGGUUUACAUGGACUGUAUGGUUUUGUUGAAUCCUUCAGUGCUACAUAUUUCUGUAGAUUUUGUUUAAUAAGCAAAGAUGAGUCUCAGUCUGUGUUUUCUGAAGAUCACCCUGGUAUGAUUUUUCGUACAAAAGAAAUCCAUGCAGAACAUUGUGCAGCUCUACAAGAAAAUCCGAUGUUGGUUUCAACAUUUGGUGUCAAAAAGACAUGCUUACUCAAUACAUUGCAUUUUUUCCACACCUCUGACAACUACGCAGUGGACAUAAUGCAUGAUUUACUUGAAAGUGUUGUACAGUACGAACUCAAACUUGUCUUUGAGUACCUUGUCAACCAGAAGUAUCUUUCUUUGGAAACAUUGUCACAGAGGAUUCAAAGUUUCAACUACGGUUAUAUUGAGAGAAAAAAUAGGCCAAGUGGGUUGAAAAUGGAUGCAGCUAGCAAGGAUCUUGGACUAAAUGCAAUCCAGUCUUGGUGUCUUGUGAGAAACACUCCUCUUAUUUUUGGUGAUGUAUUGGAAAGAAAUAACUGUUAUUGGAAUCUGCUGCUCCUUUUGAUUCAGAUUGUAAAUAUAGUGUUUUCACCCAUUGUAACUAAUGGAAUGACUUACUAUUUGAAGCAUUUGGUUAAGGACCACCACAAGCUAUUUAGAUCUUUGUUUUCACAGAAAAGACUGAUUCCAAAGCAUCAUUUUAUGCUACAUUAUCCACGCUGUAUUAGAAAAAUAGGUCCACUCCUUCAUGUAUGGUGCAUGAGAUUUGAGGCAAAACAUAAUUUUUUUAAAAUAUCAGUGAAAAAUUUCAAAAAUAUCACAAAAUCAUUGGUUAAGCAACACCAGAGACAGCUCGCUUACCACUGGGAGAAUUUUGAUUUUCAAAGAUUUGAGUUUGGUCCAGUGAAGAAAGAAAUAGUUAACAGCUUUGAUGGGGGAGAGGUUUUAAGUUCUGCUUUUAAUGUAAGCACAUACUCUGAAGUGUCAACUACUAAUUGGGUGAAGAUAUAUGGAACUGAAUAUCAGAUUGGUAUGUUUGUUUGUACUGGAACAAAAACAGAAAUUCCUAUUUUCAGAAAGGUCACCAACAUCAUUGUACAUGAUGAGAAAGCUUUCAUUUUGACAUGCAGAGUGGACACCCUUUAUUUUGAUGAUAAUUUCAACGCAUACUGUAUCAACGAGAGAGCAGAUUAAUUUUCUGUUUUUCCAGUUAAGGACUUGGUUUAUUACAGACCCUAUGACAAGCAGUUUUCUAACGAGAUGUGUGAAAAAACAUACAUUGUGCCACAUUGUCAUAUUGUGUGACAUUUAUUGUAGCAAAGCCUGUGCUGUUUUAUGUGGUAUGCUUGUUUGAAA